GUGUGUGUUUGGUACCUGGCAAAGCUGUCAUCUGUGGGGAGCAUCAGAGACGAGGAGACGUGUGAACGUUUACGAGGCCUCAUUCAGAAACAGGUUCAGAUCUGUAAGCGCAGUGUGGAGGUGAUGGACGCAGUCCGUCGUGGAGCACAGCUGGCUAUAGACGAGUGUCAGUUUCAGUUUCGUAAUCGUCGAUGGAACUGCUCCACUUUAGAAACGAUGCCUGUGUUUGGCAAAGUGGUGACUCAUGGCACCCGGGAGGCAGCCUUUGUGUAUGCCAUCUCAGCAGCCAGUGUGGCUUUCGCGGUCACAAGAGCCUGCAGCAGUGGAGAGCUGGAAAAAUGUGGCUGUGACCACAACGUACAUGGAGUCAGUCCAGAGGGGUUCCAGUGGUCUGGCUGCAGUGAUAACAUUGCAUAUGGAGUUGCCUUCUCUCAGUCUUUUGUGGAUGUAAGAGAAAGAAGUAAGGGCCAGUCAUCCAGUCGUGCACUCAUGAACCUGCACAACAAUGAGGCUGGAAGAAAGGCCAUCCUGUCCCACAUGCGAGUGGAGUGCAAAUGUCACGGUGUGUCAGGUUCCUGUGAAGUUAAGACCUGCUGGAAGGCCAUGCCACCAUUCUGCAAGGUGGGCAACAUCAUUAAGGAGAAGUUUGACGGAGCCACUGAAGUGGAGCAGCGCAAGGUGGGCUCCACAAAAGUCCUGGUUCCUCGUAACUCCCAGUUCAAGCCUCAUACGGACGAAGACCUGGUCUAUCUGGACCCCAGUCCAGAUUUCUGUGACUACGACCCUCGUACACCCGGUAUGCUGGGCACCGUGGGCCGUCAGUGCAACAGAACCUCCAAGGCCAUUGACGGCUGUGAGCUCAUGUGCUGUGGGCGUGGCUUCCAGACACAGGAAGUGGAGGUGGUAGACAGGUGUAGCUGUAAGUUCCACUGGUGUUGUUACGUGAAAUGCAAACAGUGCCGCAAGAUGGUGGAGAUUCAUACAUGCCGGUGAUGCAGGAGGGGGAACACAGACACCCACCUCCCCCCCAGUUAUGAGCCAAAGGGAACAAAGAGGUCUCCCUCUCCUGCUGUAAAACCACCUUCCUGCUGGUCCACAGACCCUAACUGCAGGGCUGAGAGGUCUAAGGUCACCCUGAACAUUUUAUGCCACUGUACUGGAUAUCUUCCUGCUUGCUUCAUGUUUGGUUUGUUAUUGACGCCUGCUUUUUGUGAUGUUUAACUUAUUUGUUGAGGCUGAGGAGAGGGGGAGGGGGGUGGGGGUCUGGUCCUUAUCCCUGCUGUUGCUUUGGGGAAUCACCAGGAGUUGGAUGUGAAAAGGACAGUGUCUGAGGAUGGACUGAUGUUUCCCUCUGAACUGCCCUGAAGCUGCUGCCCUCACACACGCUAACUGUGACAACAAUGACACRCAAGAAAAAGCCCCCCGUCGUCCCCUUCCCUUCUAUUCUGUAGACCUGAGUGACCUGCAGGUGACGGCAUCACCUGAACCCUCCUGUCAGAACACUUACCAGGUGGAUUUAAAGUGAUUCUUUCUUUUUUCAGAACAUCAAGCAGUGCAGACGAAAGUAUUCACCCCUUCAUGUUUCAUGUCUUUAUUGCCAUGUUUAAUAUAAUUUGAACUUUUGACAACAACAACAACAACAAAAAGAUUUUUAAUGACAAAGAAAAGUCUAAUUGCUACAAAAGGUUUUGUAAAUAAGUGGUGAUUCCAUUGUCUCAGGAAUAAUCAGCUGUGGUUGUAAGCUGGUUCCUGACCCUUUAAAAUGACCUUUCCUAAUCUAACUCAGAGAACAGAUUAUUGAGAAGAGCAAGUCAGGAUUACUUUAAACUUUAUUUCAAGAUGGUGUGAAUGUGUUAGACUCCAUCCGCUCUCCUUUGAGUUAAAUUAGGACAGUUGCUUUAAAGGGUGGGGUGAACAUUUAUGCAAACCCUAUUUCAUAUUUUUAACUAAUUGGUAGAAAAUAAAAUUGUGUUUGACUUUGAAGAAGUUUUUCUGUCAAAAAUGCCAGUUUAUACUGAUCAUGGUGGAUUUAUGACAUAAACAUAAACCCAUCCACGGGGUGAAUACUUUUUAUCAACACUGUAAAGUAAUAAUCUUGUUUGCCUUUUUGGAGUGCUGUUGAUAUUGAUUGCCAUCUGUCACAUGUUUGUUUCGUGCAAACACUCAGUAACAUGCAUGAACUGUCACAAUGUAAAGAAAUAUUCCCAACAAAGGAGGCUUAUAAAGCAUGUUUAUCAAGCAUGAUGACUGAAGCACUUUGUCUCCACGUGCACAUAGAGCCCUCACCACACAGUACCAGACACCAAACUACAUCCUGGAGCCAGUCUGUCCUCGUCCCCCACAGAGAAGACAACACAGAGCUGUCCAUGCCACUGGCAGGACUUCUGUUCUUCUACAUCUAUCAGAAAAGCAAGCUUUUCUACAACAUGUUAUUAUCAGAGAAAUGUCAAGACCUGUACACUGAAGAAGAUUAUACUGCCAAUGAAUGUGUAAUGGUGUGUAAUGUGUAAUAUAUUGUAUAAUGUCAAAA